UCCGAAUAAAGAUGGCGUCGCUUGCCAACUAAACCCACAUACAACUCAAGGUGGUGGUAUGCACGAAGAAUGGGAAUCGCCAAAAACAAAAGAAGAAGAACGUGAAAGUGGACAUUUACAGUAAAAACGGACCUGAAAUUGUCUGUUUCUCACUCACAUCUACCAUAUCGCUUCUGAAGACAUGGUUUAAAUCUCUGGAUUUUUAUGGAUUACUUUUAUGCUGCCUUUGUGCCUUUUGGAGCUUCAAAGUUCUGGCCACCGUUCACUUGCAUUUUGUGGACCUACAGAGCUGAGAUAUUCUUCUAAAAUUAUUUUGGUUCUGCAGAAGAAAGAUAACCAGACUGACCAAUCCCACCUGAUAAACCAGGGCUGAUCAUGGCAUUUGAGGAGAUAAAGAAGAAAGCAAUGAUGGAGAUGUCAGGAAUGGAUGGAGAGGUUGGGCUUGUUGCGGGUCGCAGCCAGAGAGAGAAGAGGCGCUCGUAUAAAGAUCUGUUAAGAGAGGAAGAAGAAAUCGCAGCGCAGGUGCGCAAAACCUCCAAGAAACAACACAAGGACUCUGACCUUUUCCUGUUAGGGGAAGAUUCUCACAAGAAAAAAAAGAAGUAUUUGAGUGAUGACUACUACCACAGAGAUCAUCACAGCUCUGGUCAGCCGCCCCACAAGAAGAAGCACAAAUCUUCAGAUCGCUCGGCCUCCCUGUCCUCCUCAUGCUCAUCUCAUGCGUCCCACCCCACCGACACGGCCAUGGGCCUCCUGGAGGCUAUCACCUCCCCGCUGGCCACGGGCUGCGACCCUGGGCCUCACCUCCACAAAAAACCCUCCUACCCUCCCCACCCCUCCUCACACUCCUCCUCCAAAGACCUCAAGCGGGAGGGUGGAUCCAAGAACAGCCAUUCCUUAUCUCACUCACGCCCACCCGGUUCUUCUUCAUCUAAGAAACAUACCUCUUCCUCAAAGUCGCUACUGUUCCACGGAGGAGCAGGGAAAGGGGAGCCGCUGACACUCUGUGAUGCUGAAGGAUUGAAGAUGAAGCUCGUUCUGUCUUCAAAAGAGAAGAACGAAGGCGUUGAGAGGAAUGAGGGAUUUUCUUUUCCUCUCCAUUCUUCUUCUUCCUCGGGUGUUGUGGGGCAUCAUCAUUCAUCGUCCAGCUCGAUGAAAGGAGAAAUGAAGAUUGAAAAAGAGAAAGACAAAACAAUGUCUAAGCCACCAAAGAAAAAGCAGCACAGCCGAGAGCCGUUGCCUGUAGUCGGGAAGGAAGUGGAGGUUGUGGGUCAUUACGGUGCCAGUUUUGGAGGCAUGGGAGCAGACAGCUCAUCGUCAGGUGGAGAACUAGAGGCCGGUGAGCUGGUGAUUGAUGACUCCUACACUCACCUCUCAAAAAAGAAGAAAAAGAGCAAGAAGAGUAAAAAGAAAAAAGAUAAAGACAGAGAGAGAGACCGAGAGAAAGGAUCAAGAGAGAAGAAACACAGUAAAAGUGGAAGCAGUGGGAAGAAAAGCAGUCCAGGGGAUCCGUCUAGAAGCCACACCCAUACUCACAGCUCAUCCAAUCAUAGUAACUCUAGUGGGAUGUACGUUAUGACUCCACCCACCUCUUCCCAUCACCAUCAAAACGUUGAACUGAUGAGUGAAAAGAAGAAAAAGAAAGAAGAAAAGGAUAGAGAGAAAAAUGACAAGGACAAGCCGAAGAAGAAGAACAUGACAGCAUAUCAUGUGUUUUGUAAAGAGUACAGGGUCAACAUCAACGCAGAGCAGCCUGGGUUAGUCUUUGGGGAGCUGAGUAAGAAACUCGGAGAGAUGUGGAAACAGCUGCCUGAAAAAGACAAACUGGUUUGGAGACAGAAAGCUCAAUAUUUCCUGCACAAACAGAAUAAAGCUGAAGCUAUGACAGUCAAACGAAAGCCAACAACAUCAGAGAGCAAAAUCAAAGGCUCCAGUAAAGCUGUUGGUUUAGGGGCCGGAUUGACUCCUCAGGGUCGCUCGGCUCUGGGUAUGUCGUUGUCUCCGGCACGGGUACCUGACAUUGACCCCAUUGAUGCAGCUGCUCAUUUGCAGCUGCUCGGUGAAUCCCUGUCUCUGAUUGGACAUCGACUUCAGGAGACAGAGGGUAUGGUUGCAGUUUCUGGCAGUCUAUCUGUUCUCUUGGACUCUAUUUUAUGUGCUCUUGGUCCAUUGACCUGUUUGACAGCUCAAGUCCCCCAGCUCAACGGCUGUCCACGCAGCGUCCUGUCAAAUACUUUGGACAACGUCGCCUAUAUUAUGCCUGGACUCUGAAUCUCUGUUACCUACAAUAGACUGGAUUACAUACGGAUUACAAAUGUACUGAGGCCCCAAAACGAGGACCAGAUAUUCUUUUGUAUCUUUCUUGAUCAUGUGUUGUACAAAACAGUGGACAUUCUCAGUCUGUGAUUUGUAUUUGUAUUUAAAGAAAUACUAUUUAAAGUCAUUUUUUAUUGUUCAAAAAAUACCCUAUUUUAGAGAACAUGUUUGACACAACUAUUUUGUUUGUGUUUAUGGUCUCAAAGUUUCAGUGUUACCGUCUAUCAUAAAAAGUGUGUGUGAAUGUGUGUUUGUGUAUGUGUAUGUGUGUGUUUGUUUACAAAUUUGUGAACAAAAUGUCAAUAGCAUUUUAUGUUUUAUACAAAUGUGUGCUGUUUCAUUUAGGGGCCAAAUGUUUUUUUUUCUUCCCUAAUUUAAUGUUGAGUUAAUUUACACCAACAGCAGUUCAUCUGCACUCAUCAUUUCACAUAUUGUAUUUUUUAUGUAAAUGUUGUAAUAUUGUAGUUUUAAUGUUUUAGCAAUCUUACAGGAAAAGCAUGUAUAAACUAAUUUUAAUUUAAGUAAUGUUCUCCUCUUAAAGAGUUUUACACCUAAAGAAAUGAUUACCGGUACUUUACCCAAAUGUUUAAAACAUUAUUUAUUUUCAGAUCAGACUCUAUGAGUCUCCCCUGUCAUAUUGAGAUCACAUGACCUGCUGAAUACUCCUCACUGUAUCUUGGGAAGCUCCUAUUAUUCAAGCACUUUUGGUGAAUAGGGUACUUCUUCAGUAGAAUUGAUUACUGAAAACGAUUGCUUUUCCAUGGAGCUUCUUCCAUGCAAAUGUGUCAUUAUUAUUCUUAUUCUGGCUGUCAAAAUCAGCCAGCCAAACUUAUAAACAAAUAUCUUAUGGCACAAAUGUGUGACCAUUUUAGACAAGUGAUUGUAAGUAGUUUUAGGGGAUAAAAUGUACAGUAUAUUUGCAUUGAUACAUGUUUUGCAUUGACUUUGGGGAAAAAAGUAUUUUCAUUAAAUCACAAAUAUCUUGUUAAAUGGGUUUGUUUUAUACAGUCAUUUUAGCAAAUGAUGUUGAGUUUGUUUUUGACUAAUAUUAGUUAAUUUUAUUUAUUUUUUACUGUAUUUUAACGGUUAUGAACUGGCCCGAUUCACUUCCAGUGCAGGUGCCUUACUGUAACUGAUUUUUGCUGGGUUUUUUUUUAAACGAGGGACGAGUCUGAUUUUGUUUUCUUGUGGUAAUCAAAACUAUAGCACAAAUGCUGUCGAUUGAACAACUUGUAUUGAACCCGGAAUAUUCCUUUAAAGAUGUCAUUGCAUUUGAUAACAAAAUAUUAAACCAAGUGGCAUCUGCAAACAAAUGAUGCUAGACAUUUUCUCUGAACAAACAUCACUUUUUUAGUAAUUUUUUACAGUGAUUUUUUUAACCAAAUCAUUUUAGUGGAUGCAUGAAAUGAGUUCCCAUCAAGUUCACACACGUGACCUAGCAGAGGACAUUUGACAACUAUUAAGUGUACCAAUAAUUUGACUUCAUUUCUAACAGUAUAUUUGUUUUAUAAAUACAAAAUUGCAUGCUUCUUUUUGUUCAAUGUUUUGCUUGAAAAGUUGGCUUGUGCUCUUUUCUUGCUCUUUGUUUUGAUAUUUUCUAUCUAAUGCAAUGACAUUUAUGUAAUAUUAUGUUCGGCUUACAUGUCCAAAUACUUUCUGUAUUUAAAGCAAAUGGCCAUUUUACUUUUAUUCUGUUAGUUUGCAUGAACAGUUCUUAGUUAUUUGACAGUUUAUUACAAUGAAAACAUGGCCAUUCUGUGUCAAUUCUGGUCCCUGGCUCCAAAUGUUGUAUUUGAUGAUUUUUAUAUUGGUAAAAAAAUAAACAAAUGAGGAUGAAAACUGAAAUAUUAAAUGCUGAUGAUUUUUAAUCCA